UUUCCCUUUGCAACUUGCGAGCUCGCUCUACUCUCAGAUCCUCUUUUAUUUUAUCGGCUCCGAGAAAAGCUCUCGACAACGCAAAUCUACAGCCAUAACUGCGGCUUUUGCCGAUCUCCUGCAUCGAAGGAAAGGAAAGAAGUUGCAAUUAUUGAGGUUUUACAUCUGUGAGCUUCAAAUUUCAGGGCCUUAUUUCUGUGUAUAAGGUCCAUGGUUCCUCCAGCUUCAUCUGAAUUAUAUCUUAUGCAUGGGUGAUUAACAUACAGUUUAGGAGACAAGCUUUUGCUUGGUCAGUAUAUGUGAUUGUUAUUAAGGUUUUCUCUUAAGAUGUCCAAAGAUGUCAAUAGAGGUUCCUCUAGCUUUCAGGGAAACAGUUGAUUGGGGAUAUGCUUCAGUCCAAAACAGCCUGCAUUAGAGAAAAGAAGUCUAACCAGUGCAGUAACUGGAAUAAUAUAUGAUUAUCACUAUACUAUUUGCAGUGGGUUAGGGGAAUCUUCCAUCCAGUGUUCUGAUAUUGGACUUGGUGAAAGGGCUUAAACUGUCAAAUAGUGGUUUGGUUAAUCUGAUAGUGGAAGUGGUGAAGAAUUGAUUAACUCAGAUAAUAUGGCCACAAACUCAAACUGUGGAUCCCUUGGACCAAAUUCUACUGAAUAUGAUCAUCAAAAUGCAAACGCCAAGCUGGUGGAGCGGAUAGAAUUGCCACAUGAAAAUGGUGCAGCUAAUUCUUUGGUUGGUUAUUCAGCAAACCCACGUAUAGAAUUGCCCCUUGAACGUGAUGCUAUGGAUUCUAAUCAACAGCACAAGAAACCAGAGCUAGAAAAUUGUGAUGUAAAUUCUGAUGUUGGGGAGAUGACAUUGCCACCUGGAUUUGAGACAGCAAAUUCAACAGUUGGAUAUUCUUCUCAGCUACCCAACAAGGUCACAGGAAAUCUUUGCCCUCAGCAGUUAAAAGAAACUCACACAUAUGCAAUUGGAAAUCCUAGUGGAACAUUGAUGCGGAGAAAUGAAAAUAAUGAGAAACAAGCUGAAAUGCCUUCCAAACACAAGUUUUUGAGGCCACCCCUGGAAGAUUUGACAUUGAAUCUCAGAUCUAAGAAUGUUGAAUUUCCACCUGAAAAUGAGAGAGCAUAUUCUGUAGCUGACCCAGCAGAACCACCUGGUUUCGAAUCUCAUAAUCGUGGUCACAGAUUAAGAGGAACAUGUAAAGAUGCAAAUAAAAGUCCUGCACAGCUAGAACAUGAAGAAAAAGGACCCCCUGAGAGUAUAUCUACUUCCAGAACAGAUGUAAACACUACCAGAGUUCUGCGCCCCAAAACACAUAAACAAUCUGAAUCUCCUAUACCAAAUGAUGCUGCUGCAGGUGAUAGUGAUGACGGUAGAAAUAAUAGAACAAGGAGAAAGGAAAAGCAGAAGAAACAAAAUGCUGUUAAUGAAUUCUCAAGUAUAAGGACCAAGCUGAGAUAUUUACUACACCGAAUAAAAUAUGAGCAAAAUUUAAUUGAUGCUUACUCUGGUGAAGGAUGGAAAGGAAAAAGCAUAGAAAAAAUAAAGCCUGAGAAGGAGCUGCAACGUGCAAAAUCUGGGAUUUUCACUUACAAAUUGAAAAUCAGAGAUUUAUUUCAACGCAUUGAUAUGAUGCUUGCUCAUGGAAGGCUUCCAGAAUCUUCAUUUGACUCCAAAGGACUGAUUGACAGUGAAGAUAUAUUCUGUGCGAAGUGUGGUUCUAAGGAUUUGCCAGCUGAUAAUGAUAUUAUCCUUUGUGAUGGUGCUUGUGAACGCGGAUUUCACCAAUUCUGUUUGGAGCCGCCUUUGUUGAAAGAAGACAUUCCACCAGGUGAUGAAGUCUGGCUCUGCCCUGGAUGUGUUUGCAAAUUAGAUUGCUUUGUCUUACUUAAUGAUCUUCUUGGAACAAAUCUCUCUCUUCCAGACAGUUGGGAGAAGGUGUUCCCAGAGGAGGCUGCCAGUGUUGUAUCAGGAAAGAAGUUGGAUGAUGUUUCUGGAUUACCAUCUGAUGAUUCUGAGGAUGAUGACUACAACCCUGAUCAUCUGGAAGUAGAGGAAAAUGGUUCAGGAGAUGAAUCAGCCUCUGAAGAAUCUGAUUAUUUUUCUGCAUCUGAUGAUUUGGCAGCACCUGUCAAUAAUGAUCAACUCACGGGGCUUCCUUCAGAUGACUCAGAAGAUGAUGAUUAUGAUCCGGAUGCUCCAGACCAUGAUGCACAGGUGAUGCAGGAAAGUUCCAAUUCCGAUUUUACCUCAGACUCGGAGGAUGUUGGUCCAGAAGUUAAUGAUACUAGGACCCCUAGCCAAGACCAAUGUGGAGAAACUAAAAUAGGUGGAGUGGUGCAACACUCAUUGAAUGAUGAAUUAUCAUACCAACAGUCCAAUGAUGAUCUUGUAUCUCAGAAAAGAUAUGGGGAGGGAUUGGACUACAAAAAGUCGAAUGAUGAAGCACAUCAAAGUACGUCUUCUGAUUAUUGCGAUGAAGAAUAUGGGUGUACUGCUCCAAAAAGAAAGAAUAGAAGUCGCAAAGCUGCUCAUAAGUCAUCUGAUCAGGCUGCAAUGGGUGUGAUGAAUACAAAUUUCAACCAGAGUGAAACUGAACAUACCACUGAGAGAAGAAGCCGAAAAAGGCUCAAGGUUGAAGGUUCGGUGACGCCUGAACAAGGUUCAAGUAGUAAAAAAAAUACUAAAUCAAGAUAUGGAGAAGAUGUGAUCAAGAGACUCUUUGAAUCCUUCAAGGAAAAUCAAUACCCAAAACGUGAAGUCAAGGAAAGUUUAGCCACAGAAUUAGGACUGACAGCCCAGCAGGUUAGUAAAUGGUUUGAAAAUGCUCGGCGGAGCUUUCACCACUCAUCGUCUAAUCAACCAAAGAAUCAAUCUUAACUGAAAUAUUAGAAAAAUGGAGCAAUUCCUCACCCAAAACGAAGACCCACAGAAAAUUGAGUUCUUGAGGCAAAAGUGCCAAACUCUUCGUGCCGUGGGGCUGCCACACUGAACCACCUUCAGCAAGUCUCGAUAAAGAGGAAUGCCAAAGCGUGAUGAUCAGAUAUGGGUUCAAGGAUCCAGAAGUAACAGAAGCAGAAGAUGCAAGUUGGCCUUUGCUGCCUAGCUCUCUCAUCAAGCAUUAACCAGCUCACCAGAUUAGUGAAAAAAAGGCAGCACAAUCUCAUGUGCAGUGCAGAACUGUGGAAGAGCAAUUACGAAAAGCGUCAACAACUUGAAAAUGAGCAGUGGAAGAUUCCCUCGAGUUACAAGGACAGGCAUUAGCAUUAUCUCUGCAUAUCCAACAAAUACUGAUUUGUAUCUACUUGAUGCAACAUCUUCUUUCCCAGGAGAGGUGAUAGACUGAUACUGUAGUUUAGAACUUCAGCUAUGAAUCAUACCAACUUAUUAACUGUGGUGUCUAGUUUCCACUCCCAGCAGGUGUAUAAAUUGCUUAUUGUAAUAGCAGGUUUCUCGUUUAAAUGUAGAGUAUGAUUUUUUUUUUU